UCUCCUAUACGCUGGUCCACUCCCACAAGGGGCGGCACUGCAGGACGUGGGCGGUGACAUGAUAAUGGCACACACUAAUGGCACCAUCUUGGAGGACUUGGCACUCAAUGCUGAGGUCACGGGAAUACCCAACCAUACAGACUACCCCGUGCCCUAUAGUGCCCUGGUGGACGGAACUCUAGGCACACGGACCUCUAAAUACGACUGUCCCACUACAGAGGCCAGUAAGGAUCCCCACAUCACCAUAAACCUGAGACAAGAGAAGACUAUCACCCUCAUUGUCGUCACUGCUUCCAUCAGUCACCGUGCGCCGAACUUCAAGAGCUUAGAGAUAUAUGUGGGCAACACAGGUAACUACGCACAGGACUCCUUAAUUACCACGACCAACACAGUACAGUCAUAUCCUAUUUCUCCUACAGUUCCCAAAGGAUCCCAGAGUCCUAUCUUGUUGGGGCUGGCGGCUACAGGACAGUACAUAACCUUCCACAAGACUUACUCAUCAGGAGGCAGCAUCGCCCUGUGUCACGUCCAGGUGUACGGAGAGUAG